AUGUCCGGCCCUACAGACGAAAUCAAUCAAUUCGAAACAGACGACACAAACGCCACCUCCAGCACUGACUCACAUCAGAAUCUCGACUAUGGCCCGCCCGCACACGUUGACCCUGCCUCGACGCGCUACGGGUCGUUCGCGGGCCAAUUGCAGCCAGGUCUGUACCGACCUGGUCCGGUCGAGCAGCGCAAGAUCGGAAAUCCCGCACCACUGGGUCUAUGCGGGUUCGCUCUGACCACGUUCGUGCUGGGCUGUAUCAAUAUGCAGGUUCGGGGCAUUACGGAGCCGAAUAUAUUUGUUUCUGCUGCUUAUGCGUAUGGUGGUCUUGUGCAGCUUCUAUCGGGGAUGUGGGAAAUGGCGGUUGGAAAUACUUUCGGUGCGACGGCGCUGUCCUCAUACGAUGGUUUUUGGAUCGCGAUGGGUAUCACCUUUACGCCUGGUGGUUUUGACAUUCAAGGUCAGCUGGAGAAGGCGGAUGGAGGCUAUGCGGGGACGUUUUAUGAUUCUCUUGGUCUAUUUCUGAUGGGCUGGUUCACCUUCACCUUCCUCACGUUCCUCUGCACGCUUAAGUCAACCGAGCCGAACGAGAACGUCCUCAAGGCCGGCGGAUUAUUCGCUCCACUAGCGGCGUUCCUCGCGUGGUGGGCUGCGCUGGCUGGUAUCGCGGAUACGAGUAAUAGCUUCUUUAUUAUUCUUGUUUGGCAUUUCCCGUGGUCGCCUAAGGGGAAGGCUGAUCGGAAUAAGGAAUAA